CUUGGAGAGAAGCGACAGACAAACGAACCUCGAAACGUCGCGAAACAUCACACCCUCGACAAUCGACACAAUGGCCGCUACUCUGCCCAACAUUUCCUCGGACCUGAUCUGGGAGGUCGUCCGAAGCAACAACAGCUACCUCCACAAGACCGGUGCUCGCUCAAACGGCGGUAUCCAGCUGUCUCGCGACCCCCUUAACCUGACCAACAAGCACAGCCGCAAGUACGCCGGUUUCGUCAACGACAAGGCCGUCGGCAUUGUCGCCAACGAGAAGGGCGGCGUUGUUGUCAUCAGCAAGAAGGCUGCUGCUGCUGCUCAGCCCGCCAAGUCUGUUGCCAAGACCACCAUUGGCGGCGGCAAGUCCACUCGCAAGACCUACAAGGCCGUUGCCAGCCAGGUUGCCAAGACCGGCUACCGCGCUGACCUCCGUGCCGCUGCCGUCGAGCGUGUCUCUGCCAUCCGCCGAUCCCAGCUCCCCGUCAAGGCCGACCCCGAGCCCAAGCUGAGGGGCAAGAAGGCCAAGGCCGCUGCCGCUGGCGAGUCCUAAGCAGGAGGAAUGACGAAAUUGGAAAGGCUUUGAGAAGAUGAGGAGGAGUUGGCUGGGCUGGGAGUAGGGGUCUGAACGGCUUUUUCACCUGUACAUUUGGCCUGGUUUGUUAUAAAGGAAAAAAUAACCCGAAUGGGGACGUUCCCCCUUUAGAGGUUCGUUGUUACGGCCGGAGCUGCAGCUGGAUCCCGAAACUGUCGAGACAAAAACAAACUUUUCACUGUGGUUGCCGAUGAGGUGCCACUUGGGGGUUCGCAGGGAAGAGAAACAAUUCCAGUGGAUUCUCGCAAA